UAGUCGCCAGAUGAGUUCCAAAGUUUGUUCCUCAAAUUUAUGAUUUUUUGGCAAAAUGGCCAACAGCUCCAACUCGUUCAAAGUCCAAGUAUCUGUUAAGACUGAAAGAAAGYCAGGCCARUCGUACCGCUUGMUACGUGGACUUCUACUUUUAGUAGUSAUUAUAACGCUAGUGGGGAACUGUAUCUUUAUUCUAGACGCUGGAACGAGCCUUUUUGCUCGGCAGUCUUUCSMAUUUGACGAGGAAAGAGGUAGAUUUCGUCCGUUAUURCCAGGAAUUGACAAAGAUGAAGAUCGACUGAUUCAUGUAGAAGUUCUAUCAAGUAAAGAAAAUGCGUCCAUAACUAUGAACGGACAAACGGUCAAUGAUGUGACGUUGAGAUUCGCUGGCGUGGCCGUCACUGUUUUAAACCAGGCCACUGGAGCUGUAAUGGCAGCAAAUAUGUUUGGAACCUAUCAAUCAAAGGCUGAAAGCGAGCGGUUAGCACAGUUCAUUGAAGAUGUGACGCCUGGAAGAAUUAUUUGCUUCGCAGUUUUGGACGAAGCUUCUGGAUCUUUGACAAAGAAACCUCGUCUUUUAAUCAAGAGUUUAGGAAGCAUGUACUUCAAUCGUUUGCARUGGCGAGAUACAUGGGCUUUUGUCGUCCAAAAGAGAAAAUACGGCGGCAGAGUUCUGGCGGAAGGUUAUCAAAAAUCKCCMAAUCCUUAUGUGUGGGGAGGUCCUGUAAAAGUGUCCACGACKUUUCURCAAGCUGCACGAGAUUCAACUUUCGAUGAUUGUCAGUGGAAARWUUCGAAACAARRUCGACGAAGAAGAGAGUUUUGUGAGAAAUAUGAUGUUUAUCCYGUUGUWUGUAAAUGUUCCGAUCCAAUAUCAAUAGACUUUGAUAAUCCACCAUUUCUGGACGGUACAAGAUUUGAUAUUCCGAUACUUAUCAUGGCUGGCAAUCGACCUCGUUACUUACUUAGAAUGCUUCUGUCCUUAAAGAAAGUCAUUGGUCUCAACGCAUCCAUGGUUACGAUAUACAUUGACGGUUUUUUUCAAGACGUGUUUUCAGUUGGGAAGUUGUUCAAUCUCAAAGUGAAGCAACACGAACACCUUGGCAAUAAAACUUCCAGGAUAAGUCAGCAUUACAAGAAGAGUUUAUCGACGUCAUUUGACGAGAAUCCCAAGGCCCAGUACGUGGUGAUUCUGGAAGAAGACUUAGAUAUAUCGGCAGACAUCCUAGCGUAUUUCAAACAACUACUUCCUGUACUAGACAAAGAUGAGAGUCUGUUUUGUAUAUCAGCUUGGAAUGAUCAGGGCUAUAAGCAUUCUGUGAAUGACUUGUCAUUGACCUACAGAGURGAGUAUAUGCCUGGUCUUGGAUGGGUGUUACCGCGUAAGAUUUACAAAAACGAACUCGAACCMGAUUGGCCAACUCCAGACAAAAUGUACGACUGGGAUCAGUGGAUCAGGUAUCUCAAAAUGAAUCGUCGAGAAUGCAUCAUACCUGAUGUCUCCAGGACGUUCCAUUUUGGUGCCAGAGGAGUCAAUAUGAAUCCACAUUUCCAAGAAGUGUACUUUGAUAAUCAUGCUUUUAAUAAAGAGCAACAUGAGGUGAAAAUUAAUGCCGAUUUGAUGUAUAAAGACGCGUAUGAGAAGGAGAUUGACAGACUCAUAAGCUCAGCCACGCUGCUCAACCACACCAUCACACCUUGUUCACAUCCAAAGACCUUCAUUCCUGAUACACAGUCCAAGACCUACGUGUACUACAUUGAAAUACAGGAAUACGAUGCUGAAAUACAGGAUGAGCACAAAUACUGGCUCAACACGGCGAGGUGCUUUAGGAUAUGGGACCUGGAUAUUCGCGGUAACCAUCACAACAUGUUUCGAUUUUGGGUUCGCGGAAACCACGUGGUCAUCAUUGGUUGUCCAGCUUCGCCUUAUUGUAAACAUAAACCCAGUCACCUGAUUCCUGUUCAAGUUAGAAGUUAGCACUUACCGUGAKGCAUUGCGGUCAUAGAAAAAUUUCGCGCCUUAUCAAAAUUGAAAUAUAUAGGUUAUUUCAUGGAAAGUGUGAUGUACGGGAUUUUCUAUUUACGAGCUGUUUGGACUAUACAACGAACGAGCGAGUCAAAUAAAAACUCGUAAUAAAGCACUUUCUAUGCUGUACCUGUUAAUUAUAUACAAAGUGUGUUUCAAUCGUCAUAUUUUUAAAGCUUCUUCAACUAUUAUGCAAGCAACAAAAAAAUUUUUGUCUUAAACAUUUUUAUUUCAAAAGACAAGAGAUUUUUUUUGACAAUCAUUAAUUUUCACAUAUACAACUAUACAACACACAAAAAUUAAUUACAACUACGUACAAUAAAGGAAAUACAAAACGAUGC